GUUUGAUCUCCUACAUUAUUCCUCUAUUCCUCCCCCCUCCUUUUUUUUUGCCAUCUCCUCUUCUCUGUCUUCCCAUCCUCAACCCGCCCAAUAACCGCACUUAUGGUCGCCAAGCCAUCCGCUACUCCUGGGCAACUCCAGAGGGUCGACGCGCAACCUGAAAAUCCCUAUUCCGGGCUGAUCACUGAACAAUCCAUCGUCGUUGUUCCUUCCUUUACCCUCGAGUCGGGCGUGACUUUGCACAAUGUACCCGUGGCCUACACCACGCGAGGCGAACUUUCCCCGGAGCGCGACAAUGCAUUGGUGAUUUGCCAUGCUCUCAGUGGGAGUGCGGAUGUGGCAGACUGGUGGGGUCCUCUGCUUGGUGGGCCUGGACAGGCCUUCGACACUUCCCGGUUUUAUGUCAUCUGCCUGAACAGCUUGGGAAGUCCGUACGGAAGCGCCAGCGCUGUGACCUACAAAAAUGGUGACCCGGAGCAGGGCUUGUAUGGUCCGGAAUUCCCUCUCACUACGGUCCGUGAUGAUGUGAAAAUCCAUAAGAUUGUGCUGGACGACUUGGGUGUCCGCCAGAUUGCAGCUGUGGUGGGCGGCUCCAUGGGCGGCAUGCUUACCUUGGAGUAUGCCUACUUUGGAAAGGACUAUGUCCGCGCCAUUGUCCCGAUUGCGACUUCUGCUCGUCACUCUGCCUGGUGCAUCAGCUGGGGCGAGGCUCAACGCCAGAGUAUCUAUAGUGACCCGAAGUAUGAGGAUGGUUACUUUCCGUUCGACAACCCGCCGGCCACAGGACUUGGCGCUGCGCGCAUGUCGGCUCUUCUUACAUACCGCAGCCGUAACUCGUUCGAGUCCCGCUUCGGCAGAAAUGUGCCGGAUCCCUCUAAGCAGCAGACCAUCAAUGGCACCGAAAGGUUGCCGACCCCCCCUAACGAGCAUUGGGCCAUUCACAAUGACGGACACCGGGGCAGUGAGCGCAGCUCACCUACCCCCCAACAGGAAGUCCAACAGUCUGAGAUUCAGUUCCAGGACCCGCAGUUUUCCGGGGCCAAGACUUUCAGCAAGACAAUUGAGACCAAUAGCUCUCAGAAACGUCUCCCAACUUACUUCUCAGCGCAGUCGUACCUCCGGUACCAGGGAGAGAAGUUUGUGAAGCGAUUCGAUGCCAACUGCUAUAUUGCCAUUACCCGCAAGCUGGACACACACGACGUGUCGAGACACCGAGUCAGUUCGACGUCGGAGAACCCCAUCCGAGAGGCCUUGUCCCAGAUCGAACAGCCCGCUCUGGUAUUGGGGAUUGAGAGUGACGGACUGUUUACCUUUGAGGAACAGCAAGAAGUUGCGGCAGGCAUUCCUGACUCGCGCCUUCGACGGAUUGAGAGCCCCGAAGGCCACGACGCGUUUCUCCUCCAGUUUGAACAGGUCAACCGCUAUAUACUCGAGUUUUUCCGCGAAGUUUUGCCCGACAUCAUGUCCAAGGCUCCUGCCGAAGGAGUCCUGGUUGCGGACGGAGUGAAUAAGCUAACGAAGAGCAGCACGUUCGGUGAAGCAGAGGUAGAAGACAUCACGGCGUGGUAAACUGACUUGCAGUCCCGAUAACAACUGGCGGAUUACAGCCUUUUAUUGUCUGCCUGAUAUCCAGCAGAGGGAAGUAUGCCUCGGCCUGUCUCUCGGCAAAGAGAGGGCACGCCGGCGGCUUCGGACCCCGCCGUGAUCAGGCGCCUGCAGUCUUGUUCUUCAUUAUUUUAUCUCCAGCCGGAGAGAUGAGCAUUAACUGCCUCUCUUAUUAAUCUCUACAGAUACGGCUGUAAAAGAAGCAUCCAACUGCUCUCUAUCAGAUAGCCCUUGGGAAAAGUGCUCAAGGGUGGUAGGCGACCUUUCAUACAAAAGAGUUUGAUCAUACAUAGAUACAUAUGGAGAAUAGCAAAUGUUUCCAUGUAA